AGAUCCAGGCGAGGGGCCCUCCUCAGGACCACCACCAUCGCGAAAGGCAAAAGGGAAAACUAAGAGACGUGCAGAAGAGAGUGAUGAAGAGGAAGUCUCUAUUACUACUCGCCGGCCUCUAAAGAUGACUGAAAUCCAAGGUUCAAGAAAGGAGUUUACAUGGCGCCCGAAUGAAACUCUUGUUUCCUGGUUGGUUCGCUGUUGGGACAGUGGGGCCCAUAGCUUGUCUCUGGAUGGUAAUGAAGCUCGCCAACUAGGUGCCAUUGCCAGAGAUCCGGCUAUUGAUAGAGGAAUUAGUCGAUGCUCGGAUGAAGCUGCCUCCCUCUGGGAACGAGUGUUAACAGCCGUGAAGGAAAAGUAUCCCUUCAAAAAUGGCUUGAAGAUUGCAAUGAAAAAAUGGGAUACAGUUGAAAAGGGGAUCCAGUAUUUGAGGGAAAUAGGCGUGGUGGAAAUGUUGUAUGACCCUGACUUUGUUCCUAACGACCCACACCAAAACCGCGACCCUGAAAGAGUGAGGACAACGCCUGAGAUAUGGCAGAAAAUCGUGACAACAGCGCCGGACAAAUAUGCCUCUACACUGAUGUCAGCGUGUGACAGAUUCAACGAACAACAGAGAACGCCCUUAGUUUAUGAAUUAAUUGUUACGCUUCAAAACUACGAACAAUUGCUGUCCCCGAUUCAUGCUGCCGUUGCUGCUAUAUCAAAAAUGACGGAGCAAGUUUCUCAACUGAUUAACCGCGACAAACCUGUAGCAGUAUCAGAGACGCUUGAUGAAGAUCAGGAUAAUCAAAAGAGUCUAAUGAAGGAAAUCAAGGAGAUGAAGGAGAUGAUGCGAGCCCACCUAACUAAAGACGAUGAACCUUCCUUCUCACGUGCACGGUCAAAGAUCUCAGCUGUUAGAAGCAAACGCUCUCCGGCUCAAGUAAGGGGUAAUACACCGCGAAUUGCCUUAUGGUAUUACCUGCGUGACCAUGGAGAAGACAUGGGGAAGUGGCACGGUCAGCCUACUCCUGUACUACGAGCCCGGGUGAAAGAAUUACAAAGCAGAUCAACCAUCAGUGCAGUUGCUCCAGUUACCACAGGUAAUGAAUAGAGGGGCCCUGCCCUCAGUCAGGAGGGGGAAAGGGAUAAUAGAGUAUAUUGGACUGUGUGGAUUCGAUGGCCUGGCACAUCAGAACCACUGAAAUAUAAGGCACUGGUGGACACUGGUGCACAGUGCACUCUGAUGCCCUCGAGUCACCAAGGGACAGAAUCAAUCCAUAUUUCUGGAGUGACGGGGGGCUCUCAAGAAUUGACUGUGUUGGAGGCUGAGAUAAGCCUCACUGGUAAGGACUGGCAAAAACAUCCUAUUGUGACGGGCCCAGGGGCUCCAUGUAUACUAGGUAUUGAUUAUCUCAGAAGGGGGCAUUUCAAGGAUCCUAAGGGGUAUCGAUGGGCCUUUGGAAUAGCUGCUGUGGACAUAGACAACAUUAAGCAGCUAUCUGUUUUGCCUGGCCUGUCAGAAGAUCCAUCUGUUGUGGGGCUGCUGCGAGUAAAAGAGCAACACGUACCGAUUGCUACAAAAACGGUGCACAGGCGUCAGUACCGCACCAACAGGGAUUCUUUGCUCCCCAUUCAUAAGUUAAUUCGUCAACUAGAGAGCCAGGGAGUGAUCAGCAAAACUCACU